AUGCUCUCUGCUGCUGUGAAUGACGGAUGCUGAGUUGCGUUCCUCCCCCUGCUGCUCAUGGUGCCAACAGACGGACAUUACACGGCUGAGGACAACAACAAACAGCCUCCAUCACCAAUCAUCGGCAGUGUUAAUGCCUGAGAGCUGCCAUGGCAAACCGGGGACCAAGCUACGGGCUCAGCCGAGAGGUUCAGGAGAAGAUCGAUCAGAAGUAUGAUGCGGAGCUGGAGUCUCGACUGGUGGACUGGAUCCUGAUCCAGUGUGGAGAUGACCUGCAGCGUCCAGAGCCUGGCAAACAGAACUUCCAGAAGUGGCUCAUGAGUGGAACAAUCCUCUGCCGGCUCAUCAACAGUCUGUAUCCCAGCGGUGAGGAGCCAAUUAAGAAAAUUACUGAAUCCAAGAUGGUCUUCAAACAAAUGGAGAAGAUUUCCCAGUUCCUGCAGUUUGCUGAAGAAUACGGAGUCAACAGAGGAGACAUAUUCCAGACUGUAGAUCUGUGGGAAGGAAAGGACAUGGCUGCCGUCCAGAGGACACUGAUGGCUCUGGGAAGUGAAGCUCUUACGAAGGAUGACGGUCAUUAUCGUGGAGACCCAGACUGGUUUCACAGGAAAACCAAAGGCCACAAGCGUGAGUUUUCAGAGGAGCAGCUGCGCCAGGGUCGCGUUGUUAUCGGGAUGCAGAUGGGAAGCAACCGGGGAGCGUCUCAAUCUGGCAUGGUAGGAUACGGCACGCCACGGCAAAUCAUGCGCUACGACUCUCCACGACACAAUGGAGACCAGAGCAAUCCUUAAAUACUACACAGCUGGGUGUUUCAAUCUCUACUGGAGCCUGAAAAGCCAAAUCUAGUGCUCCAGUUACAGGAGGAAUGUGUACAUGUGCGUUUGUGUGUGUAUAUAUAGAGAUUAACAGUGGAUAAGGCUGUUUAAAAUGAUACACAUUAAAGUAUUGACCCAUAAUGCACCAAUGCUAUUGGUUACAAAUCAAAGCCAAAAUGUGAAAGUUUCCAAUUAAAUACCAGUAUUAAAAAUGUGCAGGCGUUAAAAAAA